UUGGUCGUACCGACCGAGUCAUACUCACUACUCCGACCGUUGUGAUCCACGCCGUAACUCCGGAAGUUCUCGUCUACUGUCGAGACCGAUGCACCGUGCACGCUCACUUGAUUCUGGUGGUACCGUCGCGUGCGCACUCUAGUGGGAGGUCUGCUCACUGUUUGGGAACGGCCGUUUCAUUGGUCGCUCGUUAUCUUACGAUAUCUCAAGGAGCAGCCUCAAUGAAAACAAUGAAAAACGACUCUCUGGUCUUUCCUAGAAAACAUCUUCGAAAAAGCGUUACACUGCACACCGAUCUUGGGGAUAUUAAAAUAGAGUUAUUUUGCGAAAUGUGUCCGAAAACCUGUGAGAAUUUUCUCGCACUCUGCGCUAGCGGAUACUACAACAAUUGCAUGUUCCAUCGAAACAUAAAAGGCUUCAUUGUCCAAACUGGAGAUCCCACUCAAACGGGAAAAGGAGGGACUUCCAUAUGGAAUCGUAAAUUUGAGGAUGAGUUUAAAGAGGAGCUGAAGCAUAACGCCAGAGGUCUAGUUUCCAUGGCUAACAACGGUCCUAAUACAAACAGCAGUCAAUUUUUCAUAACUUACGCACCACAAUCACACCUGGAUCUGAAGUAUACCUUAUUUGGAAAAGUCAUCGAUGGCUUGGAAACUUUGGAGCAGUUGGAGAAAUUACCGGUUAAUCCUAAGAAUUACAAGCCACUCGCGGAAAUUCGGAUAAAUAACGUAACUAUACACGCCAACCCGUUAGCGGGAUAAGCUUAAGUAACAGAAUAUUUUCUAACGUUCAUCAUUGUGAUAUCUCUUCGAAUUGUAAGAAAUAACGUCGAUAAGUAACUUACAUCACGUAUAUACCCUGUAAUCUUUUGUUCUGCGGGUCAAAGGGGCUGUGAAGGUACAUCUUGGCGGGAUAUUUUUUCCUCAUUACCUCAAUAUGGAGCUUCGUGGUACGUGCAACUCGAAGCCGAGCUCACCGACGAAGCUGAGCCUGAACAUGUGUACCAACUCGUCGUCUAUCCGCGCCAGUUUCGACGUUGAGAAUGGGAACGAUUCGUUGGAAAGAUCAUCCUCGACCAACAUUCGAAGAACUUGGCGGCUACGGUAACGAACGAGAUCGACGUGGAAUGAGAAGAUAAUGGAUGGGGAUACCUUGCAACCGUUUCUCUGUGCGGACUUGGUCAAGGCGUUCACCAUCAUGACGGGG